AUGGCCGCUCCGCCGCACUUGGCGCUAUGGCACUACGCCUCUUAUGGCGGAGGUAGUGAGGAAAGCAAAAAGGAAGAAGAGGAGCAACCGUACCCGGCUUCGGAGGCGGAUUUCCCGGAGCGCGUGCAGUACCUGCUGGUGGGCGGCGGCACGGCGUCGUUCGCGGCCAUGCGCGCCAUCCGCAGCGCGCGGCCCGACGCCAGCGUGCUCAUCGUGUCGGCCGAGCGCGCGCUGCCCUACAUGCGGCCGCCGCUCAGCAAGGAGCUGUGGCGCGAGCCCGAGCUGGCGCGCCGCGCCGCCGACCCCGACGCGCUCUCCUUCCGCCAGUGGAACGGCCGCCGCCGCAGCCUCGCCUACGAGCCCGCCGCCUUCUACGCGCCCGUCGAGCGGCUGCGCGACGGCGCCGGCGCGGCGGCGGCGCGCGGCUGGCGCGUGCUGCGCCUGGACGUGGCGCGGCGCGAGGCCGAGCUGGCGGCGGGCGAGCGGCGCGCGCGCGUGGCCUACGAGCAGUGCCUGGUGGCGCCGGGCGUGCGCGCGCGCCGCCUGCCCGCGCUGCGCGCCGCGGCGGCGGCGGGCCGCGCGCUGGCCGUGCGCGACGUGGGGGACGUGGCGCGGCUGGCGCGCGCGCUGGACCAGCCCGCCGUGCGCACCGUGGCCGUGGUGGGCGCCGGCCUGCUCGGCGCCGAGCUCUCCGCCGCGCUGGCGGACCGACUGCGGGAGCGCGGCGUGCGCGUGGUGGCGCUGUACCGCGAGGCGGCGCCGCUGGCCGCGCUGCUGCCGCCCUACCUCGCCGCGCACGCCGCGCGCACGCUGGCCGCGCUCGGCGUCACGCUCCUGCCGCACUCGGAGGUGGUCGGCUGCAGCGUGGGCGAGGCGGGCGUGCGGCUGCAGCUGCGCGAGGCGGGCGGCGCGGGGGGCGCGGGCGGCGAGCUGGACGCGCAGCUGGUGGUGGAGUGCGUGGGCGCCGAGCCCGACGAGCGGCUGGCGCGCGCCUCGCGGCUGGAGACGCACCCGGAGCUGGGCGGGGUGCUGGUGAACGCGGAGCUGCAGGCGCGCGCCGGCGUGUGGGCGGCGGGCGACGCGGCCUGCUUCCACGACGAGAUGCUGGGCCGGCGCCGCGUGGAGCACCACGACCACGCCGUGGCGUCGGGCCGCCUGGCGGGCGAGAACAUGGCGGGCCUGCGCCAGCCGCGCGCCUACUCGCACCAGAGCAUGUUCUGGAGCGACCUGGGCGCCAACCUCGGCUACGAGGCUAUAGGAAUAAUAGAUUCGAGUUUAGAAACGGUCGGAGUGUUUUGUGAGGAUGCGGUGAGCGACGCCAGCUCGGCUGCGCUCACGGCGGGCGCGGCGGUCGGGGCGCCGAGCGAGGGCGCGGAGGGCGCGGAGGGCGCCGCGCUGCCCGACACGCGCGCGCUGCUGGCGGCCAGCGCGGGCGGCGCGGCAGGUGCGGGCGCGGCGGGGGCGCCGGGCGACGAGGCCGGCGGCAAGCGGUACGAGCGCGGUGUCGUGUUCUACCUGCGGGAGCGGCGCGUGGUGGGCGUGCUGCUGUGGAACCUCUUCAACCGGAUGCACGUGGCGAGACAGGUGUUGGCGCAAGGUGAAUUCGACGACCUGUUCGAAGUGGCGAAACUGUUCUCCCUUCACGAAGACGAUUGAGCUAUCGACGGCAUUUAUUUAUACGUGUACAUAGUAUUACAUAGAUACUUUAAAUAAAAUGGUGUACGAUUAAAUUAUUAAA